GCGAGGCCAGCUGGCUACCAGGUCAGAGUGUCCCUGUCCAGGUGCUGAGUACAUCCUCGGGCAGGUCCCUCCCUACCGGCCAGUGACAUAGUAGGCCCCGCCCGGUGACGUGUUCCGUGGCUAGGGCGGUGAGGUGAGGGGAGCUCCAGCCAGGCUGAGCACUGAGUAAGCCCGGUCCCCGCAGCCUACCCGGGCCUGUUUCUAUCUGAGAGCUAAGCAAACUUCGAACUGUGCGCCGCCGCAGGAGGUAAUACGUGAAUUUAGCUGCGGAGCACCAUGGAUGAUGGGAAGCCGGUGUGGGCACCACACCCAACUGAUGGAUUUCAGUUGGGUAAUAUUGUGGAUAUUGGGCCAGACUCAUUGACAAUUGAACCUUUAAACCAAAAGGGAAAGACCUUUUUGGCAGCUAUAAACCAAGUUUUUCCAGCUGAAGAAGACACAACAAAGCAUGUAGAAGACAAUUGUUCUUUGAUGUAUCUGAACGAAGCUACACUUCUUCAUAACGUAAAAGUGCGGUACAGUAAGGAUAAAAUAUAUACCUAUGUGGCCAAUAUUCUGAUUGCAGUAAAUCCAUAUUUUGAUCUCCCGAAACUUUAUUCUUCUGAGUGCAUAAAACAAUAUCAGGGAAGAUCGCUUGGAACUUUGGCUCCACAUGUUUAUGCAAUAGCUGAUAAGGCCUUCCGAGAUAUGAAAGUCUUGAAGAUGAGCCAAUCAAUCAUUGUGUCUGGAGAAUCAGGAGCUGGCAAGACCGAAAAUACAAAGUUUGUUCUCAGGUAUUUAACAGAAUCCUAUGGGUCUGGGCAAGAUAUUGAUGAGCGGAUUGUUGAAGCCAACCCCCUUUUAGAAGCCUUUGGAAAUGCAAAAACAGUCAGGAAUAACAACAGCAGUCGUUUUGGAAAAUUUGUGGAAAUCCACUUUAAUGAAAAGAAUUCUGUAGUAGGUGGAUUUGUGUCUCACUAUCUGCUGGAGAAGUCCCGCAUCUGUGUACAAGGCCAAGAUGAAAGGAAUUACCACAUUUUCUAUAGGCUGUGUGCAGGUGCUUCUGAAGAUAUUCGACAGAAACUUUUCCUAACUUCCCCUGAUAACUUUAGGUAUUUGAAUCGUGGCUGUACACGGUACUUUGCUACCAAAGAAACUGAUAAGCAGAUUCUCCAAAAUCGGAAAAGUCCCGAGUACGUCAAAUAUGGCUCCCUAAAGGACCCUCUUUUAGACGAUCAUGGUGAUUUCAAUCGGAUGUGCGUGGCUAUGAAAAAGAUUGGUUUGGAUGACACAGAGAAGCUUGAUCUUUUCCGAGUGGUUGCCGGAGUCCUACACCUUGGAAAUAUUGAUUUUGAAGAAGCCGGGAGCACCUCUGGUGGUUGUACUCUGAAGAACAAAUCCAGCAAGUCCUUGGAGUGCUGUUCACAGCUGCUGGGUUUGGAUGAGGACGAUCUCCGCGUCAGUUUAACCACUAGGGUUAUGCUUACAACAGCAGGGGGCACCAAAGGCACAGUUAUUAAAGUCCCUCUGAAGGUGGAACAGGCAAACAAUGCCCGCGAUGCUCUGGCAAAAGCUGUCUAUAGUCGUCUAUUUGACCAUGUGGUUAACAGGGUCAACCAAUGCUUUCCGUUCGAGAGGUCAUCUUUCUUUAUUGGGGUUUUGGACAUAGCAGGUUUUGAAUACUUUGAACACAACAGUUUUGAACAGUUUUGCAUCAACUACUGUAAUGAAAAGCUACAACAGUUCUUUAAUGAAAGAAUCCUGAAAGAGGAACAAGAAUUGUAUCAGAAGGAAGGCCUUGGUGUUAAUGAAGUGCACUAUGUGGAUAACCAAGACUGCAUAGAUCUGAUUGAAGCAAAAUUAGUUGGUGUCCUUGAUAUCCUUGAUGAAGAAAUCCGUCUUCCCCAACCAAGUGACCAACAUUUUACUGGAACUGUGCAUCAAAAGCACAAGGACCAUUUCCGCCUCACUAUUCCCAGAAAGUCUAAACUAACUGUUCACAGGAAUAUUCGAGAUGACGAGGGCUUUAUUAUCAGACAUUUUGCUGGAGCUGUGUGUUAUGAAACAACACAGUUUGUGGAAAAAAAUAAUGAUGCUCUGCACAUGUCCCUUGAAUCUCUCAUAUGCGAGUCCAAGGAUAAAUUUAUACGGGAAUUAUUCGAAUCUGCCAAUAAUCACAAAGAUACCAAACAGAAGACAGGAAAACUUAGUUUCAUCAGCGUUGGCAAUAAGUUCAAGACUCAAUUAAAUUUGCUGCUGGAAAAACUACGGAGCACUGGAUCCAGCUUCAUCCGUUGCAUCAAGCCGAAUUUAAAAAUGACAAGUCAUCAGUUUGAAGGAGCACAGAUUUUGUCUCAGCUUCAGUGUUCAGGGAUGGUGUCGGUUUUAGAUCUUAUGCAGGGUGGGUUUCCAUCUAGAGCAUCUUUCCAUGAGUUAUAUAAUAUGUACAAGAAGUAUAUGCCUGCAAAACUUUCUCGUUUGGACCCCAGACUUUUCUGCAAGGCUCUGUUCAAAGCCUUGGGCUUAAAUGAAAAUGAUUACAAAUUUGGGUUAACUAAGGUGUUUUUCAGGCCUGGCAAGUUUGCAGAAUUUGAUCAGAUCAUGAAGUCUGAUCCAGAUCACUUAGCUGAGCUGAUUAAGCGUGUCAAUCACUGGCUUAUCUGCAGUCGCUGGAAGAAGGUCCAGUGGUGUGCUCUCUCAGUUAUAAAAUUAAAAAACAAAAUCAAAUAUCGGGCAUGUGCUUGCAUUAAAAUGCAGAAAACCGUUCGAAUGUGGCUAUGCAAAAAGAAACAUAAACCACGUAUUGAUGGAAUGGUAAAGGUGCAGACUCUCAAACACAGACUUACUAAAUUUAAUGAAGUUGUUAAUGCUCUGAAAGAAGGAAAACCCGAAAUGAGCAAACAGGUGAAAGACUUGGAGUUUUCCAUUGAUGCUCUCCUUGCCAAGAUAAAGGCUACUAUAAUGACCCGUGAGCAAAUAGACAGAGAAUAUGAUACUCUGGUGAAGAGCUCAGGCCAACUUCUCAGUGCUCUGCAGAGGAAGAAACAGGAGGAAGAGGAAGCUGAACGACUGCGCCGUAUCCAUGAAGAAAUGGAAAGAGUGCGAAAAAGGCUUGAAGCAGAAGACGAACUUCGUAGAAAAGAGGAAAAUGAGAGAAGGCUAAAAGCUGAAAUUGAAUUAAAAAGAAAACUGGAAGAAGAAGAAAGGAAAAAAAGGGAAGAUGAAGAAAAACGAAUACAGGAGGAGGUGGAAAGGCAGCUGGCUAUAGAGAGGGAAGAAGAGUCCCAGCAACAGACAAUACUGGAGCAAGAGCGUCGGGAUCGAGAGCUUGCAAUGAGAAUAGCACAGAGUGAGGCAGAGCUGAUCAGCGAGGAGUCUGUGUCAGAUUCAGCGCUGCGCAGUGGAAAGACAGAAAUGAAUCUUCCCUCUCCAGUCUAUGCUAACUCUAGUGGACAAAAGAGCAAAAUGACAAUGGAGGAAAUGGCCAAGGAAAUGACAGAAAUUCUGUCUAGGGGUACCCAAGUCCAAGCUUCAAAAACUGCUGCAAGUGUUAAAAAACAUGACUUAAGCAAGUGGAAAUACGCAGAGUUACGUGACGCUAUCAACACUUCAUGUGAUAUCGAGCUGCUGGCUGCCUGCAGAGAAGAGUUUCACAGGAGACUGAAGGUUUAUCAUGCUUGGAAGUCAAAGAACAAGAAGCGUAACACUGACACAGAACAGCGUGCCCCGAAAUCCGUUACUGACUAUGAUUUUGCUCCAUUUAUGAACAACUCAACCCAACAGAACCCAGUAGUACAGCUGCCUGCUAGGCAACAAGAGAUUGAAAUGAACAGGCAACAGCGUUACUUCCGCAUUCCCUUUAUUCGCCCUGCUGAUCAAUACAAAGAGCCCCAGAACAAGAAGAAAGGCUGGUGGUACGCACAUUUUGAUGGUGCAUGGAUUGCACGUCAAAUGGAACUUCACCCAGACAAGCCUCCAAUCCUGCUAGUAGCUGGAAAGGAUGACAUGGAGAUGUGUGAACUGAACCUAGAAGAAACUGGCUUAACAAGGAAAAGGGGAGCUGAGAUUUUGCCCAGGCAGUUUGAAGAGAUUUGGGAACGUUGUGGAGGAAUUCAGUACAUGCGAAACGCAAUUGAAAGCAGACAAGCUCGGCCAACAUACGCCACAGCAAUGCUACAAAAUUUACUGAAGUAGUUUGCAGUGAAUGUGUUGGGAUUAUAGUAGAUACUUACUGUGGGUGAACAUAAAGGGAAGCAACUCUCUGUAAGAGAGAACCUAGACAUUCCAGAAUCCUAUAAUAGAGAAGUUUUAAUAUAAAGUGAACAGAGUUUAUUAAAUGUGGGACUUUAUUAAUUCAAAUUCUAGAUGUUUCUUUUGGUGUAGUGAUCUGAGUAACUGUUUUCCUGUUUUAUUUAAAUUUGGAGUUGUGAGGCCUUAUCUUUCACACAAAAUGUAUUUUUCAGUGUGGUGAAAGGCAUAUUUUCUAAGCAGUGCUAAGCCAUUAAGCACAUAGCAGUUCUUCUGCUGAAUGGCAUAUAUUUUGUCUUAUGUAAAACUAUUUUAAGAUAUACUUCUUAAUCUUUUACUGUCUGUGCAAGCAUUUUGUAAUGUUUUAAGAAUUAAUACAGAGUUAAUUUAAAAUAAAUGACCUGAUAAUUUAAGAUUCCAGAUAUUUUGUGACUUAAUAUGUAAGCAAAGAACACUGUGAUGCAUCGCCUUCUAUUUAAUAUUCAUUUAAGAGGUGUGUAUUGCUAUAUUUGUGUGUUUAUACUCAUUGCACUGAUAUUUGAUAAUACCGGAUUGCCCUUUAUAUUUGAAAUGUUUUAUUUACAUUAGGAGUGUAUAGAAUCACCUGGUGUGCCAGUAGGGAUAUAUCUAUGCAUUGCUUUUUAGUAGGAUUCUAUUCAAUUGACAUUUUCUAACUGCAUUGAUGCUGUGCUCUGGGAAUCGAUUAUGUUCUAUAUACUGGAACACCCACAAUUUAAAAAAGCCUAUGGUUAUAGCUAAUACUUAUACUGGAACACCCACAAUCUAAAAAAACUAUGGCUAUAGCUAAUACUUAUACUGGAACCCCCCUUUUUAAAUUAAUGCGCUGUUGCACUUUUUAUCUGAAUACUUCAGCAGUUAAAACAAAAAGCACAUAGAUAAUUGAAAGCUGACCUUUCUGUUGUGCGUGCUGUGAGAAAACAAAAUGUCACCGUGACCUGAACUCUUAUUUUUUUUUAAUGGAAAUUUGAACACACCUUGAAGUACAAAAUCAGAUUGUUAACUCCAGAAAUAUUCUAGUUUGAUCGUUUGCUGUUAUGAGAGCAGUAAUGGUUUCUGACUGUCAGAAACUCAAAGUAAGGUUACUUUUUCAACUUCGGGUAGUUGAUGUGACAUUGAAGUGACCUCUAACCUGAGUGUAUUGGAAUUCUUGAGGGCCUCUCUACCCGGCAUGAUUCAGAAUAUCUUACAUAAAGAUAAAAAUCAAUUGUAUAGCAUUCCUGUAAAGUACAGAAAACUAAUUGCAUUUUACUAGACUUUAAAGCAAAAAUAAAUAACUUUACGUCUAUGAAAAGGGAAAAUAUGUGAGGUGCAUGUAAACUUUUAUUGAAACAUAGUUCUGUGCUUUGUAUACCUUUUUUAGUGGGAUAUAUAGUGAUUCUAAACACUUUUAGGGUACAUGAAGUAUAUGAGGAAAAUUGGUGUGAUUAAGUUAAAGAAUUAAAUUAGUUUCCAAGAUCCCAUAUAUUAUAUCUAUACAUUUAUUAAUGCAUUGUGUCACCUAUAUCCCAUAUAAGAUACUAGAUUAGAACUAACAAUAAAUUUGACUGAUUGUUAAAUGUCUCCAGUGUAUCAUGCAUGAGGAAAUGAUGCACUAGCAAUUAAAUUAAAUGAUAGAUAAUAGAUGAGGCACAUUGCCAAAGUGCAUUCAUAUUAUGUUCUCACACAAGACUUAGCAUUCCAGACUCAGCUUAGAGAAAAAAAUGGUCAGAUUCCAAAUGUUUUUUAGGUUUAAUUCAUGAUUUUUAUCACAUUAGCUAUUCACACCAUGCUCUUUAUCAUGAGCAAUGAAUAUUUUAUACGCUAAUUAACUGGUACACCACUGAAGGAAUUCGGUUAUGCGGCAUUAGCAAUCAUAGACGUUGUGUGCCUGGAAGCUGUUAGCACUGAUUGUAAUAUUUAAUCUGCUGGGACAUAAAUAAACACUUUUUACUUUUCCUACUCCUAAAUAAUGCUGCACUCCAUUUUAAAAUGGAAGAUCAAAUCUCAAUAAUUUAAAUUGAAAUAGUUUUGUGUAGAAAUGUACUGUGUGUAAUUGCCUAAACUCUUAACUCCUUGGAAGGCAUUUCUAUUGAACUUGAUCUGAAUUGUAUAUUUUUUUAUUUAUGUUUUAACUGUAAUGAUCUCUUACCAAAUGUACUGUAUUGUUAGACAAUAAACACAUUCCCAGUUAAAAUUUCAA